UUUAAAGAAUAUAGAAUGAGCACAAAUAUUUUUUUACUAAUUUUGCUAACUGGCUUUAGCUUUGUUGUAAUAUCUGCCCUUAAGGAUCCUCCUUCGAUAAUUGGCGGCGAUCGAGCGAAUCCGAGGGAGUACAAGCCGGCAGCUCGCCUUGGUCAUCGUAACGCUACACUGAACGAAACAAAGUGGUUCUGCGGCGGCACUAUAAUCAGUGAUCGAAUGAUUCUGACAGCUGCCCACUGUUUUUACUCAGAUUUACAUUUCUCUAGAGGAUCCGUAAACAUUGUGCGCUUGGGAGAAUUAGUUUUUGAGAGCGACAAGGACGAUGCUGAUCCGGAGGACUUUGAAGUUCUCGAACUUAAGGCCCAUCCAGAUUUUCGGUACCCCGUUCUCUACAACGACAUUGGAAUUGUCCGUUUGCGUGGGGAAAUCAGGUACAACCGAUACAAGUUGCCUGCAUGCCUGCCUUUAGAUAACGAAGACAGGUCCGAUGCCUUCAUUGCCAUCGGAUGGGGUCAGAAGGGAUUUUCAAUAUAUGAGUCCAGGGAACUGCGAAAGGUCCGCCUUCAAAACUAUGGUUCCGUAUGUGAGAGGACAACAGAUGCAAACGACGAUAUUCCGGAAGGAUACAAAUCCGAGUCCCAGUUGUGCGUAGGAUCUCCUGAUCACAAGGACACCUGUAAUGGAGACUCGGGAGGACCCUUGUUGAUUCCCUUUCUUGGAGAUGGAUGCCAACAUAAAAUCAUGGGAAUCACUUCAGUAGGAAUCGCAUGUGAUACUCCGAACAUUCCCAGUUUGUACACAAGAGUUCAUUUCUUUAAAGAUUGGAUUAAAAUGGAAAUUAACCGCGUUGACUUUCCAACAACUUAAUUAAAAUUAAUACAUUUGUAAAAU